AUGUCUCUCCAAGGAAAAGUCGCCCUCAUCACCGGCGGGGCCAAGAACCUCGGGGCCGAGAUUGCGAAGAACCUAGCCCCCUUGGGUGCCAAUCUAGCACUGCAUUACAAUUCGGACAAAUCCAAGCAAGACGCAGUCAAGCUAGAGAAGGAGCUCAAAGACAAGUUCCCCAAGUGCCAGGUCCGAUUCUACCAAGGGGACCUGACGACCGAGGCCGCCGUCGACAAGCUCUUUGCCUCCGUCAUCAAAGACUUUAGCAAGGUGGACAUUGUGGUAAACACGGUUGGCAAGGUGCUUAAGAAGCCCAUUAUUGAUAUCACCGAGAAAGAAUACGACGAAAUGUUUGCGGUUAACUCCAAGUCUGCCUUCCUUAUCCUCAAGGCUGGCGCCAAGAAUGUCACGGACGGUGGAAAGCUCAUCACCAUUGUUACGGCCCUGCUAGCCGCCUUCACAGGCUUCUAUACCUCUUACGCCGGGUCUAAGGCUCCCGUUGAGCACUUUACUCGCGGUGUGGCCAAGGAGCUGCAGAGCCGUAAAGUUAGCGUCAACGCCGUGGCCCCCGGGCCGAUGGACACGCCCUUCUUCUACUCUCAAGAGUCUGACGAGGCUGUCGCCUUCCAUAAGAGCCAGGCUAUUGGCAACAGACUCACCGACAUUCAGGAUGUUGCGCCUCUUAUCAAGUUUCUCUGUACCGAGGGAGCGUUCGUAACUGGACAGACGCUUUUCUGCAAUGGGGGGUACACUACGCGGUAG